AUGCCACCUGCUACAUGGUCGAAGAGAGAGCCUUCGAAUAUGACUAUGACGAGGGUGUGUGUGAGCAGCUGUUUCAACUCUCCAAACACAUUACUCUUUGGCCUCACGGAAGAGGAGCUUUUCGAAGCUGCACUACCUGCUGUUCUCUACCUCAUUGUUUUUCUCGUCGGGACCGUCGGUAAUGCCAUGGUGAUUUUCGUGGUGAAUCGCUUUAAGCGAAUGCGAAACGUGACGAACGUCUUUCUGGCCUCAUUGAGCACAGCCGAUUUGUGCCUGAUUUGGUUUUGUGUACCAAUCAUGUUCGUCAAAUACAUGUCUCACACGUGGUUUAUGGGACGAUUUGCCUGUUAUUCAGUGCAUUAUAUCCAACAGUUCACCUGUUUCUGCUCAGUGCUCACCAUGACGAUGAUCUCAUUUGAAAGAUUCAUCGCUAUUGCAUAUCCAAUGAGAAAUAUGUGGUUGUCGUCAAUUGGCCGAGCAAAAAAGGUUAUCUUGCUCAUAUGGCUGCUGUCAGCGAUUCUGGCGAUUCCGACAGCAAUCCGGAUCGAUUACGAGACGAACAUAUCCCUCUCAGGCCAUCGAGUACAUUGGUGUAGAAGAAGAUUCCCCAACGGGUUUCUCGGGUAUUCUCGAAUAAAGCUGAAUCGAAUCUAUGCGGUAUAUCAGAUGUUGCUCCUGAUCGUGUUCCCCGUGGUGACGAUGUCGAUCUGCUAUGCACGGGUAUCUGUCAUCGUCUAUACAUCAUCGAAAAGUCGUCUAGCUCUAUCACAAGCAAUGGUAGCGUUCAGCAAAGCAGCGACUGACGCUGUUCAUUUUUCCGGCUACAGUACCAUACCGAUGAUUUCCACCAGUCGAGAGCUUCGAACUGCUACCUCGACUAUAAAUGCCUAUACAAAGCAUAAAUCUGCCAGAGUAGCUGAAGCAAACAAGAAACAGAUUGUUCAAAUGCUCAUUUCAAUCGUUGUGAUGUAUACAGUGUGUUGGUUGCCGACA